AUGUGUACGAGCUCUUUUUGCACAGAGUUUAUGAUGGGCCUGGUAAAGUGGCUGGAGUUGUCUGAAGCUGUCUUGCCAACUAUGACUGCUUUUGCCAGUGGCCUGGGAGGCGAAGGAGCAGACACAUUUGUUCAGAUCUUAUUGAAAGACCCCAUCUUGAAGAAUGACCCAUUGGUGAUCACUCAGGACCUUCUGAGCUUCUCACUCAAGGAUGGACUCUAUGAUGCCCGGGCCAGAGUCCUCGUUUGCCACAUGACCUCCCUGCUCCAGGUGCUCUUGGAGGAGAUAGAUGUCCUUGAAGAGACAUUUCUUGAGAGCCUGAAGGAAACCAAAGAGGAGGAAUCUGAAACUGCUGAGGCAUCCCGGAAGAAGAAAGAAAACCGAAGGAAAUGGAAGCGCUAUCUCCUGAUAGGCCUGGCGACUGUGGGAGGUGGGACGGUGAUCGGUGUGACUGGGGGUCUAGCUGCCCCUCUUGUUGCCGCGGGAGCUGCAACGAUCAUUGGCAGUGCUGGGGCAGCAGCUCUUGGCUCAGUGGCUGGCAUAGCCAUCAUGACCUCACUGUUUGGUGCAGCUGGAGCUGGUCUGACAGGAUACAAGAUGAAGAAACGAGUUGGGGCCAUUGAAGAGUUCACGUUCCUUCCUCUGACAGAAGGCAGGCAGCUGCAUAUCACCAUCGCCAUCACGGGGUGGCUCGCAUCUGGAAAAUACCGCACCUUCAGCGCCCCAUGGGCUGCCCUGGCCCACAGCCGGGAGCAGUACUGCCUGGCCUGGGAGGCCAAGUACCUGAUGGAGCUCGGCAAUGCCCUGGAGACCAUCCUCAGUGGCCUGGCCAACAUGGUAGCCCAGGAGGCCUUGAAGUACACAGUGUUGUCUGGAGAAUGUCCCCAUCUCAAAAUCCUUAACUUCAUCAUGUCUGCAACAUCCCCUUUGCCAUGUAAGGGCCGGCGACCUGUCACCUUGAUUGGCUUCAGCCUGGGAGCCAGAGUCAUCUACUUCUGUCUGCAGGAAAUGGCUCAGGAGAAAGAUUGCCAAGGGAUCAUUGAGGACGUCGUCUUGCUGGGUGCACCAGUAGAAGGUGAAGCCAAGCACUGGGAGCCUUUCCGGAAGGUGGUGUCUGGGAGGAUCAUCAAUGGCUACUGCAGGGGAGACUGGCUGCUGAGCUUCGUGUACCGCACGUCCUCGGUGCAGCUGCGCGUGGCUGGCCUGCAGCCUGUGCAGCUGGAGGACAGGAGGGUGGAGAACGUGGACCUGUCCUCAGUGGUCAGCGGCCACUUGGACUACGCCAAGCAGAUGGACAUCAUCCUGAAGGCCGUAGGCAUCCGUACCAAGCCAGGCUGGGACGAGAAGGGCCUCUUGCUGGCCCCAGGCAGCCUGCCCCAAGAGGAGCCUCGCCAGGGGCCAGCCGCUUCCUCAUCAUCAGGCAAGACCACCCACCAGGAUGAGCAAGUCCAGGGUCUCACUCCCAAGGACACCCCUAAAGCUGACACAUUCACUGACCCCAGCCAAGCUCAGGUGCCCACGGGACUGGACCAAUCUGAAGAGCCCUCCCUUCCCACUGCUAUCAACCCCACUGACAGCUCAUGUGUCUGUGACCACGGUGUGGGCCGCAAUCCACUGGGCUGCCCUGACUGUGCCAGCCAGACCCAGGGGCCCUGCCCAGGGCUGGACUGA